UCUGUCACUACUAGUACUUAAAGCUAACUGGAUCCAUGGUUUGGGCUUGAAUUUUAGAAGAGGGUUUGAAGAGGAUUGUAACGCCUACUUACAUCGCGGGAAUGUAUUGGAACACCGAACCUUAUUGUUACUGUAGAGAUCUGGAAUGGGGAACUGUAGAUGGUAUUCGAAGCGUUCCAGUAGGAACAGGAGUAGCUGUAAUACCUGGUUUAUCUAAUGAAGAUACAGCUAUUUUAGCUGGGGCACUCAUUGGUUUAGCUACCUUACUUAGUUUGUUGCUGUGUAUUCUGUGUUGUCUUUGUCCACCAGGAUUUUGUUGGCCAUGUUGUGGAGGAGCUGCUGCCUCGUCCAAAACAGCUGCUGCAGCAGGUGGUGCUAGUAGUGCGGCAGCUGCCGGGGCCGGUGGUGAUAGUGCUGGAAGACUUCAUGAAGUUGACAUCAAAUUGCCGCGAGCCUGGGUUGAAAGCUUUCGUGGUGUACCAAUCGAAGAUUUUGAUGCCAAAUUAAAAUCACUAGAAGCAUCCGGUUGGUAUGGGCUUAACGAUGGAUAUGGUAGUUGGUUUGGUGAUGAUGCUAACAGUAUGUCUACUCUGUUGAAGGGAGGCGGAUAUGGCACGGGGUAUAGGGAUAAUUAUGGCGUUGAUGAAGUGGACGCCUCUCACACCGGUCACAAAAAGGGACACACUCGAAUGGGCAGCGCUUACUUGACCUCAGAAGAGGUCUUCGGCACCAGACACAACGUGGGAACGGCGUCUGCUGGAGAUCGGGCUGAGAAAAAGCGUGAAUACGAAUACGGCUCGGUUAUCAGUGCUAAGUACGGAAGUGAUCUGAGAGGAGAGAGCGAGGCUGAAUUAGACCGAUCUACAACCACUUUAGUGAAGAAUGCUCAAGAGCCUCGACCUGCUACCAAUAAUACCAGUGGUGGCGUCUAUAACUAUGGUUACACAAGAGAUGAAGAAAUCCGUACAAGUACCACAACCACUACAUCAGAACCACAACAACAGCAACAACAGCAACACCAGCAGAAUGUACAACAACAGUCAGAAGUAACAGCCACUAACAACUCUGGUAUGAAUGCUAUAUCCGAAAUGAGUAUGUCAUCUGGUUAUAAUACACUAACCAAAGAUGGCACCAUUUCCAGGAGUGGGCCUAUGUCAUCUAAGGUUAUAUACGAGGCUACCAGAGAAACUCGAACAGUCACGGACGAAAGCGGUAACGUAUCGAAAACACAUUCAGAAACCAAAAAUGGUGAUGGUGCUAAAGUUCUGGGAGUUAUAUCUAAGAAUGGUACAUUUAGACGAGUUAAGAACGGUGAUGUUGAAUUUGUGACCCAAGAUGACAUUUCAAAGGACGUGAAGUGUUUGACAAGAGACAACGUAAUGAAACUGUAUCAUUCCUACCAGAGAGCUAGAUCUAAUAACGGUACAACGUCAGUAACAGCCAGUCAAAACAUCCAAGACAAAGACAACGUUUCUUUAUAAGGUGUUGACCAAUGAAAACAACGGUUACAAAUAUUUACCCUUUCUUAGCUUUCAAUAUGGGUUAUAUAAAUAAUUAGACCCUUAGUGCUCCAACAUUGCUUUUGUCAAACUAUUCUUAUAAGUUCAAAUAAAGACGGAUAUGUUCGUGUACGUUUAUGAAAAGGCACCUAUGAAAAUACUUUGCAUUUCAAAGAGAUUAAAGAAAUCCUACCUUUUGUGCCCGAAAGACAUUUGAAAAGCUCAGUCAGGAUAACAGUUUAGUUAAAUAAAAAUUACUUUAAAAUGAACAAUUAGCUUUUCUGUAAGAUUUUGUUUAUAGCAAUCUUAUAAGACUUUUAUAAUUUAAAAAAGUGGAACCCCGUGUGUUUAUAAAUGCAAAAUUGCAUAACCGUUCAUAAUCUGCACAUUGGGCCAAUUGUAUGCAUAUUGUUAUUUGGAAUA